AUGGCGGGUGUCUGGCAGCACAGCCCCAAGGAGGAACCUCGCCCAGGAUCAGCUGGGCAGAUGGUUGGCAGCCAGGAGGUGGUGCAGGUGGGAAAGGGCAAGGAGGCCAACGCCACAGUAUACAGCAAGCUCAGCAAGGACGACCCGCUCAGGCAGCACUACGAGGCCCUCUGGCCAGAGCUCGCCGCAGCCAAGCCACCAGCAGAACAACCAGUUGCUGGAUUUAAGGCAGUGGAGGCAGCAGCUCGACGCUUGGACAAACUCCAGAAGAAGGUACGAUCGGCAGGGGAGCAAGUGGGGAGUGCCCAGCAGUACUUGGCUGAGAGUGAACGCAAGCUUCGUGAAGCUAUGGAAGCCUCCAUUGCAGCUGAAGAUGAGUUCGACAAGCUCAAGGCCACAGUCGGCAAGCAAGAGGCCCCAGCUGAACCUGCAGCCGAGAGGCCAACUCUGGCAGCCCUCCUGGAGCAGUUCGAGCAUGAGCCUGGCGACUUCCACAAGUGGUCAGAGCCCGACAAGGAGGUCUGGCGAGCAGCAAAGGCCAAGGGCGAGCGUAUGGCCCAGACGGUCAAGGAGCACGAGGAGGAGACGGCGAAGCACCUGCGACUUCUGGAGGAAGAGACGGCCAGGCACCAGGAGCAGCUGCGCCAGCUCGAGCAGCCCCUCAGCGAGGUGCCACCACAGGCGCUGAGGCAGCAGGGUCAGCUGCCGCGGCUGCGCCUAACGGCGCCGCAGCAGCUGCCCAACCAGAAGCAGCUGCAGCAGAACAUGACAAAGCAGAGGAACGCCGAGCCAGGGUGGAGGCCCAUAUCCAGGAGGCGCGAGAGAAGGUCUCGCAGGCCAGGCGCGCCGAGACAGUCGUCGAUGCAGAAGGGCAAGGUGACCACUCAGCAGGGUAGCCGCCCCAAGGCGAGCGCGAAGAAGGCUCGCCGCCCUUACCACAUCGACUUCUUCAACAUCACGACCUGGGGCCCCCAGGCACAGGGCUACCUCAUGGAGAUCAACGACACCAAGGACAGGGACAUCAUUGGCAUCGCGGAGCACCGCCUCCGCCAGCCAGCGCAGAUAAGCAAGGCAAGAGCGGCGCUCAGGAGGAAUGGCAUGCACAGCUACUGGACCAAGGCACGGCCAGGAGGAGGAGAAGGCACUCGAGGAGGAACGCGUGCCAUCACGCGGGGACCCUUGGACAUCCAGGACAGGAUCGCGGGUUUCGACGAGCACCACCUGCACGCGGACGGCAGCGACGUCACGGUGGUGAUCUCCAACCUGCACAAGGUCCGCUUCGCAGUGGCCUUCGUCUACCUCGAGUGUGGGACGGGCUUUGGGGAGAGGAACGUUGACAUCCUCUGCGACCUGCGGGAGAAGAUGGCCGUCUGGGGAGGGCCAUGGGCAGCGCUUGGGGACUUCAACAUGACGCCGUCGGAGCUCAACAACAGCAUCUGGCCCAUGGUGCUGAAUGCUCAAGUAGCUGCGGCGGAGGAUGGCGCCCCCACGUGCUUCCCAGCAGGAGGCGAAGCCAGGUGCAUCGACUUCGCGCUGAUCUCGCAGGGCCUGGCGCCGUAUUUUGACCAGCUAGAGCUGCUCAGGACCGCGCCGUGGAAGCCGCACAUCGGCAUCCGCUUGAAGCUGAAAGGGCGGCCUCUCAAGCUCAAGGGCAGGGUACUUCGCAGGCCAGCAGCAAUAAAGCCACCAGUCGCAGUUGAGAGAAUGCCGAAGUCCAGAGCCGCUUGCAGACGAGCGGCGCGAGGAGGCCAGGAGGCCAUACGUCGACGUCAGCAAGCGCUGGCAGAGGCAGGAUGCGACCUGGAAGAGAACGACAUGGAGCCAGUGCCGCAGCUGUACUACGACAAGGAGAUCCAGCACGUCAUCCCUGACGAGCUGUGGCAGGCCACCUCCGAGCGGGUCAGCUUGCGUGCCUACGACGAGUUGCCCCAGCACUUGCAGCACACUGUCGUCGGCAAGAUGAUGGAGCGGGACAUGCCGGACCUGGGGCAACAGUACGACCACUUCGCAAGCACCCUCGAGCUCAGCCUGUGCGAGAGCAUCGGCAUCCCAGAGGAAGAGCGAGGACGACAUCCCGGGCACAGCAGGCCCCCGAGCUACAAGAGCGCGAGCAUCAAGGCUGAGGUCCAGGCCAGCGCAGCGGACCAUGGGAAGGCAGCUGGCCCCUGCUCUGAGAUGGGUCAGGGGUUCCCGUCCCCCGAGUGCGCCGCCACGGGGCGCGUCCCAGACCUCCACGUGGGACGCAACACCAUGGACAUCCAAGAUCACGACCCCUUCGAGGAUGAGGAGGACUACUUGGAGUACCGCCAGGAGAUCGCAGACCAGGAAAGCAGCGAUGGGUACCACCAGCACAUCGAGGGGCAGCAGGCCAGCCUAGAGUUCAGCCAGACCGUUCGUGACACGCACUGCCCACCUCCUCUGCCAGCUGGCACUCUGGAGGCAGAGGGUACCGAUCACCUGGGGAGUCAGAACCAAGCGCCGCCAAGCCCAGAGGCAGAUGAGCAAAGAGAAAUGGGCCUGCCCCCAUCAGACCCCUGGAAUGAUGACCAACACCAGCGAGAGCGAGAAGACUACGUGGCCAUGAGAGACGACCUGGAGUACUGGGCGGCCAUCUGGAUGGAUAACUUGGUGCAGUUCCCCACGGACAACAGCAACUGGAUGCAGAUCUGUGUGCCUUUCCUGGAGACCAUCCUGGGAGGCGGAGGCAACAAUGGCAUGGUGAGACUGCUCAGGCGUAGGUACCAGCAGGCCGACCUCAGCCACAUCAUCAGGGACCUCUGCGAGCGAGCAUGUGGCCGCCAGACGCAGCAGCAGAUCAACACAAGACGGCAGCUUGCGCAGCAGCUCAACCAGCCUGACCCAGGCAGGCUGAACGAAGAAGGUGCAGCCAAGGACCAGCAGCAGGCCCUCCUCGCAGACCUGAAAGCGAUAGCAGAGGGCGCCCUCGUGGACCCAGGGACGAUCAGCAGGGUAGCAGAGGAGGUAAAGAGCAUGGCCAAGCUACUCACAAAGGCGGUGAAGAAGGCGUACAUCCACUGGGUGCACGACGCCACGGCAGGCAGUGCGAAGAUGGCCCACGCCUACACCAAGGCAGCGGAGCGCAGCCAUCUGGAGGACAUCCUGGAGCACGAGGGCCAGGUCAUCAACCACCCGCAGCAGCUGGUGGACUUGCGCAAAGAAGCAUGGCAACGCAGGUGGACACGAGAUGCGCAGAAGGCCGAGAGGAUCCAAGAGGCGCUGGCCAAGCUGAGGCAGGCUGCCUUGGCCCAAGAGAAUGCCCUCGAGCCCAUCAGCAAGGACAUCAUAGGCUCCAUCAUCCAGCACCUGAAGCGCAAUGCUGGCCAAGGAGCGGACUGGUGGAGGGCUCCAGAGCUCAAGGCCAUGGGCGCCCAGGGGCUGGAAGAUUUCGUGCAGUGCCUGACCAGCUGUGAGCAACGGGCAGCUUGGCCGUGGCAAUUCUACCUGGUGCUGGAGCUGCUGCUGGGUAAGAAGCCAGGAAUCGGUGGAGAGCGCCCCAUCGGCCUCAUGCCCAUGCCGUACCGCAUCUGGAGCGCAGCCAGGAGGCCCAUCGUAGCCACCUGGAGCAAGGCAGCGGCGGGCUUCUGGGAUACGGCAGUAGCUGGCUCCUCAGCGCUACGAGUGGCAAUGCACAGACUGAUGAGGGCAGAAGCCGCCACGGAGAUGGGCUUUCAUGCAGCAGGAGUGUUCUACGACGCGGCAAACUUCUACGACAACAUAGGCCUCGACCAGCUGAUCGAGAAGGCCAGUGCCCUCCAGUACCCGUUGCUGCCGCUGGCAAUGGCCGUGCAGAUGUACCUUGCGCCCAGGGCCAUCAUGGCCCACAGCCUCUUCUCGGACAUCUUCGAGCCUGCCAACAGUAUGGUAGCUGGCUGUGGCCAAGCGGUAGACCUCACCAGACCGCUUUUGCAUGGUAUCCUGGAUGCAGCGCACAGGCACCACAUCUUCGUCGUCAUGCAGCAGUACCUGGACGACUUGGCCCUGCAGGUAGAGGGCGCGCGGCGGCAGGUCAUUGACCAGAUCAAGCACGUGGCAGCGCUGGUGCACGAUGGAUUCAAGCGGCUCGCGAUCCCCAUCUCUGUCAAGACGGCAGUGGUGGCCUCGGACAAGGACCUCCAGGCAGAAGUCGCCAGCAUCCUGGACAGCCUGGGCACCCCCAACAAGCAACCAGGGGUAGUGCGCGACCUCGGCGUGGACACCAGCCUUGGAAAGCAGCUGCGGCGACCCACCCAUGCCUCGCGCCAGGCCAAGGCCAAGCAGAGGGUGGCCAAGCUCAGGGACCUAGCGAAGACGGACGCCAGAGGCGCGGCAAAGGUCUAUUCAGCAGGUGCCUACUGCCAGCAGUCUUGGGACUUACCAGCGCACGGCAUCACGCCCACGGAGGCGAAGUUGGUCAGGGCAACGGAGGCAGCGCUCCUCACAGGCGGACACAAGGCAGGACGCUGCACGUCCACCAUCCUCCUGAUCCAGAGGGGUAUGCAAGAGGCAGUAGCCCGAGCUAUCGGCGACCAGAUCAAGCAGUUCUGGCUCACCGUAGUCGACCACCCGACGGAGCUCAAGAGGUACCAGAGGGGCUGGCUCCUGCUCUACGCCAAGCUGGGCGCCCUGGAACCCAACCGCAGGUGGCAGCAGGCAGCCAUGCUGGAGACCAUAGCGGUGGCGGGCAUCUGGACCAGGGAGCGUCGCAGGGCGGCCAACGUCAACCAAGAAGGCGAUGACGCCUGCGCGAGAUGCGGCGAGGCGAUAGAGACAGAGGAACACCGCUACUACGCAUGCCCUGCCAACGCAGAGAUAGGGCACAGCAACGACACCGACCUGGCGAAGAAGGCGAAGGACGCGCUGGACCAGCGGCAGGACCUGCAUUUCUGGCUCCGAGGCAUCCCGCCAGCGGCCUGGGCAGCCAAGGUCGACCCAGACGAGGACGCGGCGAAGGCGGCGCAGAUCUUCUGCACCAGCGAAGAGGCUCAGGCGGCAGCCCAGUCAGGGCACAAGGUUCGAGCAGACUAUGUGUUUACGGACGGCUCAGGUGGUGCAGGGGAAACGGCCAGGGACCCCCGCCUCAGACGCUGCGGCUGGGCAGUGGUGGCUUUCAGGUUCGACGAACAAGGACGUCCACGGGAAGUGGCUGCCUGGUACGGCACAAUCAGGGCACCGCACACGGUGCCACGGGCAGAGCUCACCGCCAUGAGCAAAGCCAUCGGGUACACCACGGCGGCGACAGCCAGGGGGCUCAACAUAGUCAGCGAUUGCAAAUACGCCCUGGACGCACUCAAGCAGAUCCAGGACCCUGAGGAUCUGGACUACAGGAGCACGAAUUACGACCUCUGGCUCCAGACGAAGCAGCAGCUGCAGAACAGCACGGACACCAUCAUGGGCCACCACAUCCCGAGCCACCUGAUUGAGCACCCAGCCGAGCUGGAGAGGUGGAGUGGUCCCACCUGGUGGGUCAUAGGAAACGAGAUGGCAGACAAGUGCGCAGGCUGGGGGGCGGAGCACGGAGCACUGGACCCAGCCAUCAUCGCGCAGCAGCAGAUCAGAGACCAGAUCACCAUGGCGGUGCAGAACCGGUUGCUGGCCAUCAGCAUGGCGGUGAUGGUGGAGGACCCCAUCAAGGACCAGCACGGCAACGUCAGGCUCGACUUCAAGGCGGUGCAGAUCGGUACGCAGGUGGUGCACGUCUCCCACAAGACGCAGUACACCCAUGGCUGGCUCUGGUGCGAGAAAUGUGGCGGCACCAGCUACCUUGGGGACCACAAGAGCAGGAUCGUGGCAGGAGUCUUCAAGCUCGGCCUGAGUAACCACGAGGCGAUCGAUCUGGACGGGGACAGCUCAGAGGCAGGGGACCCGCAGCCAGCUCCACAGCAGCCACCCAGCCAUCCGCACUCUGUCGUCCACGCCAGCUGGGGGCUCGUCGACCACAUGGAGGGCUACGCGGAACAGUGGAUGAACAUGGUCGACCAAGAGGUCUGGGACGAUAUGGACGACUGGAUGGAGCACUGCGUACCGUACCUCCUGGCCAUCACCAAUGUGGGUGGCAGAACGGACACGCAAGAGCAGACCAGGGCCGUCACCGUGCAGGAGCUCCAGCAGAUCAAGGACUUCUGCGAAGAAGUCUGGCGCAACACGCACCGCACGCGACGGAGGCUCAUGACCAGGAUGCUCACCCUCCCGUAUGGUACAAGGCAGCAGGCAGCUAGAGUGCACAUGGACGCCUUCCAGAAUAGAAGGAACAACAUCCUAGCGCACAGCAUUCCCAGCAGCGAGCGCAGGCCGCUGCCGAGAACAGCGGAGGCCAGCCGAGAGUGGUCACCAGAGAACCUGGACGAUGACGACUCGACCCCAGACAGUGAAGCCCCAGAGCUGGAGGGUGAGCCGAGCAGCCAGGAGAUUGAGACCAUGGCGGGACCUGAUCAGAGGCACGACGCCAACAGCCUGAUGCAGACGGCAGUGCAGGUGGCAGUAACGCUGACCAAGCCAGUGGGGCCCGACCUGCUGAAGUUCGUGAGCGAAGCCGACGAGGUCGGCCUGCUCCACCCAAGGCUUCGACACAACAAAGGAGAAGCUGACCAGGACCCCGAGCAGGAGGUGGCGUGGCUCGAGAGGAACAGGCUCGAGCAGCUCAUGCAGUCGCUGGCAGGCUGUUGGAGCCAGAAAGAGGGCGAGCAGGGCUGGCCAUCGUGGCAGGCCGCGUGCGUGCCCCAUGUGCUGAGGGCGCUGCAGACUGGCGUCUAUCAGAGGCUUUUCAGCAAAGAGUCAGGGGCGAGCCGCCAGCGCAGCCAGCGCCGAGCGGCGGAGGAGAUCUGCCGCCUGGCAUGGCUCAACAGCGGAGAGGCGCGCAGCCAGAUCCAGCAGCAGGACCCGAAGGAGACAGAGCGGCGCAGAGCAACGGCUGAGCAGAUCCUGGGCGUGACUGAACCAGAGGCCACCAUGGACCCCUGCGCGGCGAUGGGGCUAGGACGCAGCACCAAGGACAUGGCAGACCUCGACCGCGUCCCUGAAGAGGAGAACAGCGAGGAUUGCCCCCAGCAGGCCGUAGACAAGCAACGCAGCGAUGACAACCACCAGCAGUUCCCAGAUGUACAGCACAGCAUAGGGCACCACCUGGCAGACCGCAGAGGACCCCAGCGUGGCGAGGGGUUAGGCCACGGAGGACCCCAGCGCGGUGAGGGCUUAGACCGCAGCACCAAAGGCAAGCAGAGGAUCGAGGCGGAG